CGCGGAGGGGAAGGGAGCGUUUCCCAUCGUGCCUCGCGGCGGCGCGGGCUGCGGGAAUGAGGUAAAGGCGGGAGGGGCGGGGGCGCGCGGCAGGAAGCGCAGCGGCGGCGAGCGGAGCGCAACGAGCCGGCCCCAUGGCGGACACCAAGGAAGCACAUGAGGAGCAUGAUACUUCUACUGAAAAUGCAGAUGAUUCUAACCACGAUCCUCAGUUUGAGCCCAUAGUUUCACUUCCAGAGCAAGAAAUAAAAACUCUGGAAGAGGAUGAGGAAGAGCUCUUCAAGAUGCGAGCAAAGCUAUUCCGAUUUGCGUCUGAGAAUGACCUUCCAGAAUGGAAAGAACGAGGAACUGGUGAUGUAAAACUCCUGAAGCACAAGGAGAAGGGAACAAUUCGCCUCCUCAUGAGGAGGGAUAAAACUCUAAAAAUCUGCGCAAACCAUUACAUCACGCCCUUAAUGGAGCUGAGGCCUAAUGCUGGGAGCGACAGGGCAUGGGUCUGGAACACACACGCUGACUUUGCAGAUGAAUGCCCCAAGCCUGAGCUUCUGGCAAUCCGGUUUUUAAAUGCGGAAAAUGCACAGAAAUUCAAGGCAAAAUUUGAAGAAUGCAGAAAUGAAGUAGACAAGAGAGCAAAAAAAGCAGGCACAGACAAAAAUGAUAGUGCCGAUAAAGUUGCUGAAAAACUAGAAGAGCUUUCUGUAAAGGAAGAGAGCAAAGAAGCUGAGAAGAAAGAGACCAAGGAAAAUGAAGAAAAGCAAUAAGUCAUCCUGGGCCUUGCAGUUUUUCUUUAUAUUUUUUUCUUUUUUUUAUUUUUACAAGGGACUUUAUAAGGAACUGAAUUCAGUGUUCAGGUUGUUUUUUCUAAGCUUUUGCCCUUUUGAAGAUGUCUUCAGAAAAUCCAUUCCCCAGUCAUGAAAAUGUACUGUGCUAACUUUCUUUUCCAUAGUGGAAACACUUAUUUAUGGUCAUCCAAAAGAGUGAAUAAAACAAACUUGAAACAGCAUCGGAGGAUAGAACUGAGUUUUCUAUAUACUUUAAAGGCUUAUGAAUACUGUUGUUUCAUUGGGUGUUGAGAUGCAUAUCAUCCUACCCAGGCUAACUAGAUUAACAGACUUAACGAACAGGGAAGAUUAGGAUGGCAUACGUGUCUUUGUAUGGCUUCUGAAACUAAUAGAACAGUCCUUUCACAUUCUUCCCUGCUCUUUGUUCCUGAGCAGGAAACACACCUGUGAUUCUUGAAAUGCAGCAGACUUGUGACAUCAGGCAGUAGAGCAUUCCUGGCACACUAUGAAUGAUGUUCCAUUGGACAAGGAAAAUAAAAGUGGGGAGGAAAUGUAUUACAUGAGACCUGAGUAUUAUUUUCCUUUUAGAAAACAAAAUCUCAGCCCUACUGCUUAUGAAAGUCAUUAAUGUUAGAAAUGCUUGAGCCUAGCACAAAGCUGUAGCUGUGGUCCCAGAUCUUCCACAAUGUGCUUCUUGCUGACUGAAGGGAGUAUUGGUCUCUUAUAUUAAGAUGUAUACAAAGGAGUCUUAAAUGUUGGAGUACAAACAGUCAGCAUAUUAUAACAGUUAUACUCUAGAAUUUAUAAGCCUUUUUUUUCAGGGCCUUGGAGCUUAAUGUUGCUUUUAAGAAUUGGAGAGGUGGUGACCUUACAGGAUGCGUGGUGGGAGCCUGUCCCUCUUGAAGGGAGAAGUUCAGAUAUUCUCUUAGGUCAGUUAAUUACGUUGUACACACUGAAGGGGCACGAUUCUUGCCAGUAAUGGGCAAAUUGAUCAAAACUCUUUCCUACAAGCAUUUAUUGCUUGCCUGGUUUCAAGUUACUGCUAGAGAGUAGGAGAAAAUAUAUAUUAAUUGAUAAAAUCACCACAAUUUAAGUUGGAUAGAUUAAUUGAAUUUUGUUGUUAACCACUAAUACAAGGUUAGUGUUAGAUAGCAAUGGAAUUCUAUGUUACUGUUCUCAGUAUGAAAACUGAAGGAAACCUGCUAAACUUUGUAUGGUGUUAAUAUUGGAUAGCGAGACCUCUAUCUUCAUAAAAAGGCUUUCUAAGUAGAUCGGGCUCUGCAGUCUACAUGAGGAAAAUAUAUUUUAAACAAAGAAUGACUUGUGUUUCUGCUUAGUACUGCCUUUUGAUGCUACCGUGAACCAGUAGUCAAAUGUGGAGCUGUAAGCAAGGUACUCACUUCAUUCAAACAAAGGAAUUCCUUUAGUGUUGUACACGUUCCCCUUCGAGUACAGCAGAUAUCAAAAGUCUGUUAAUUAACAAAGAUGGUCGAAAGGCAAAAUGCAGUGUUCUUUAGUGUUUCUGGUUUGGAAAUAACAAAGCAAAGCUCUUUUGAAGUACAUAGCAUUUGAAUGUAAAAGCCAAAUCGUUAUCCAUGAGUCACUGUAAAUUCUCUGAUCUGAUAAUGUCAAACUGUGUCUAAAUUGAUAGAAAUGACAUUUACAAAUUUCAAAAUAAAUGUAAAUUUUCAUUUAAA